AUGUAUCCCCGAGUUCGGACAUUUGAUACACGCCGAUUGUUCUCCGACGGCACUCCAGUGACUCCCAAGAAUAUUGUCCACUAUGAUAAAUACAGUGGAAUGUCCUACCUGGAAUAUCCUGGAGCCGAUUUUCUGUAUCACGAAUCCGAAGUUUGCUCCCCAACAGCAUUAGUGGUAGCCAUUGAUGGUGCUUGUCCUGGCAAUGGAACUACACGGGCUGAAAAAUCCUCCUUUGGCGUGUUUUUUGGUCCAGACUCGCCUCUUAAUACUUAUGAUACUAUUACUCGACCAUCUGGAGAAAAACAUACGAAUAAUUAUUCAGAGUUGAUGGCCAUGCUUCAUGCACUCGAGCUCCUUAAACAUCAUAGCAGAUUACGAAAAUGGAUCUCCGAACACCCCAUGCCAGUCCACCACUUGCUUAAAGUAGACGUAAUCAUCAUUACGGAUUCCAAGUUCGUACAUGACUGUCUUACCUUGUGGCUUCCGACCUGGUUGGAGAACGGGUUCAGGACAAUUGAGGGGAGACCUGUGGUAAAUCAAGAUCUCAUUUUACGCAUUCAUCACAUGAUCAAGCUACUUUCAGAGGAUCUCAAUAUCCAACUCUGGCAUGUCAAAAGAGAGCAUAAUCGAGACGCGGAUGAACUGGCUAAUCGGGCACUUCGUACGCAACCUACACACCAGGCACAAUACAUUGCUUCAUCCAGCCUUCAACACUUCAGAUCUGGGAUUAUCCAUCGUGCUCCUCGAAUAAUGCAUUUGGCGAAUGAGAUCGGGAUUUUUUCUCAAAAGAACUGCAUGGAGAUGCAUUUGGGAGAAAUAAUUAUGUCCAUGGUAAUGGCUGGAAAAGAUCGUGGAGCAAACUUCGAGACUCUCUUUGGACCCGAAUACAGAAGUGAUAAUUUGUACGUUAUGUAUCGAAAACUCAGCCGUACAGUUCUUUAUCUUUCUCUAGAUGAGCCUGGCCACCAUUUUUAUCCUGAUAAUUUUAUCUGGACAGCUAGGAGUACAGCGAGGUAUCAACUUGUAGGCAAAAAUCCUCGACCCUUUAACAUAUACGAGGCGAGAAAGCUACGAAAAUGGUGUAUUGACAAUCGAUUAUUCUCGGAUGGGAAACGUCUCACUUCGCUGCUAGACCUUAUACAUAGGACUCGAUUAGAAUUCGGCCUUGAUGUCAGUCUCGGAAGUUUUAUUUUACACCAUUGGGUGGAGUCCCAUCAUCUCAGUGAUCUCAUCUGA